CGUUAUGAGACUCCGCAGGUCGCUUCACAAAUGGACGUACAGUUUUACAAACAUGACUUACUAGAGCGAUAUAUCCGCUUCCCAUUUCAUUUCGUCUUCGUCAUUUGACUUUCUUCUUAAAAGUGUUGGCUCCGAAGUGGACCCUCGUCAAUUGAAACCAGUAUGAGUGGUGGCUUGGCACCGAGCAAAAGCACUGUAUACGUAUCAAAUUUGCCUUUCUCCCUGACCAACAAUGAUCUCCACAAGCUAUUCACUAAGUAUGGGAAAGUUGUAAAGGUCACAAUUGUUAAAGACAAAGAUACUCGCAGGAGUAAAGGAGUGGCAUUUGUUCUUUUUCUUGACAAAGAAUCGGCACAUAACUGUGCACGGACACUGAACAACAAACAAUUAUUUGGCAGAACAGUCAAAGCAAGUAUUGCCAUUGACAAUGGACGAGCAACUGAGUUCAUCAGGAGACGGAACUACACUGACAAAUCCAAAUGUUAUGAAUGUGGGGAUACAGGACAUCUGAGUUAUGCAUGCCCCAAAAACAUGCUAGGAGAGAGGGAACCCCCAAAGAAGAAAGAAAAGAAGAAAAAGAAAAAGGUCCAACAGCCUGAGCAGGUUGAAGAAGAAGAGAGUGAGGAGGAGGAGGAAGGAGAGGACCCAGCCCUUGACAGCUUAAGUCAAGCUAUAGCUUUUCAGCAAGCCCGUAUUGAGGAGGAAGAGGAGCGUCGGUGGAAGCAGUUGUCUUUAGCUCGUGAAGAGAGUGCUCAAGCUUCAUCAUCCGAGGAGUCCAAGAAACCGAGGAUCAAAAAGAGCACCUACUUCAGUGAUGAAGAAGAACUCAGUGACUGAUAAUUACUUAAUGACAGUGGACAUUAUCAUAAAGGAUGGGAUAAAUAUCUAGUUUAUUAGAUUAGAUUUGAGCAUCCAAUUUUUUCCCCCUCUUAUAGUAUGGCUUUAUGUAUGCUCAAUAAUCAAGGUAAGAAAAUCAAAGAAAGAAAGUUCAAUCAGUUCAUCUGGACACAACGUUUAUUGAGAAAAACCUGUCAUCACUCCUCCAAGUGACCUCCUCAGUCUCAACCGAUUGCAGGG